AUGGACUCUCUCACCACCCAUCCCUCGAACGCGCAGCAGGCUCGGGCCUUCACUGCUACUUCGUCUCUCUCCUUCCCUGGUGGGGCAGGCGACUUGACUCCUCCCAACUCAGAGAAAGAGGCGAUGGCACAGGGUGUCAAUGGUCAGCAGGCUGGAAAUGCCCCCAACGGCACUGGGGUGACUCCCGCUUCACCUGCGACUCCCGCGGCCACUCCUGGUGCGACCACCGGCAGCUCUGGCAUCGUCCCAACCCUGCAGAACAUCGUGGCGACCGUCAACCUGGACUGCCGUCUUGACCUCAAGACCAUCGCGCUCCACGCUCGCAACGCCGAGUACAAUCCUAAGCGUUUUGCUGCCGUGAUCAUGCGUAUUCGUGAACCGAAGACCACCGCCCUCAUCUUCGCCUCUGGCAAGAUGGUCGUGACAGGUGCCAAGUCGGAGGAUGAUUCGAAGCUCGCCUCGCGCAAGUACGCACGUAUUAUUCAGAAGCUCGGCUUCAAUGCCAAGUUCACCGAUUUCAAGAUACAGAAUAUCGUCGGCUCUUGUGAUAUCAAGUUCCCCAUCCGUUUGGAGGGUCUGGCCUCUCGUCACCACAACUUCAGUUCUUAUGAGCCGGAGCUGUUCCCUGGUCUGAUCUAUCGCAUGAUGAAGCCCAAGAUCGUGUUGUUGAUCUUCGUCAGUGGCAAGAUUGUCCUGACUGGUGCCAAAGUCCGCGAGGAGAUCUAUCAGGCUUUCGAGCUGAUCUACCCUGUGCUUUCUGAUUUCCGCAAGGUCUGA